AUGGAGCUACGUGUUCUUGGUCUGAAUGUGGUGUCUGCCACAACCCAGACACCCAGCAAGGUGCUAAUGAGGAAGAAUGAAGAAAUGGCAUCUCCCUUAUGCCUGCUGCCUGACCAGAGGUGUCCUGUACCCAGGAAGGCUUCUCACUUUUCUCUAUGGGCCAUCAGUCCAACCUUUGACCUGGAGACUAUCUCCUGUAUCUUGGAGGUUUCCAACAAUUGCCGGACAGUGACUGUGUCUCGUGGUCUACACUACUAUCCUCCAAGUCCGGGGAGAUUUUCAAUUAGCCAGGUCUUGUGUUCUCAGUCCUUCUCUUCUGGGCAGAAGUACUGGGAAGUGGACACCAGGCACUGCAGCCACUGGGCUGUUGGGGUGGCUUCUUGGGGCAUGAAGCGGGACCAGAUGCUGGGACGCACUAUGGACUCUUGGUGUAUAGAGUGGAAAGGACCUGGCCAGUUCUCUGCUUGGGCCAUGAUGAAGAAAACAGACUUGCACUUGGGCCUCCCUGAGGUUGUGGGCGUGUGGCUGGACCUCGAGCUGGGGAAGCUUGCCUUCUACUCAGUGGCUGAUCAGGAGAGGCUCCUGUAUGAGUGUGAGGUCUCCAGCUCCUCUCCUCUGCAUCCUGCCUUCUGGCUGUAUGGCUUAAAACCUGGAAACUACCUGGAAAUAAAGCAACUUAACACAUGACGCUUCCCCCAUGGUUAGGGCAAUAGCUUCUUAGCCUCUUUGUUUAAGGGCAACUGGAAAAUUCCACUUAGGGAGACUGGAUAUGGUAGUACAUACCUAUAACUCCAGUACUUGGAAAGUGGAGGCAGGAGGAUCACUGCAAGUUUGAGGCCAGCAUGGUCAAUAAAGAGAGUUCAAGGCCAGCUUGGACUAAUAUGACUGCCCAAUUUUAAAGUUAUUCUUUUUUGGGUGGAACAGAAUUAACUAAACAGGUUUGAGUUCUUUAAACCUUGGGCAUUUCAGAGAAAGAGCUGGGCUAGAGUGUCUCCCCACAGUGACCUCUGAGGCCUCAGAAUAGCCUGCUUAAUAAGAAGGACUUCGGACCAUUCUCUGUGGCUUCAUCUGGGACUGUUGGUUCAAUCAGCCUGUGGCCAACUAGUUACACCUACAUGACUGACAACCCUCUCCCCCAACCCCCAGGUAAAAGCCUAACCCAGCAGCACAGCUGGGUGAACAUCUCUAGCUAGCAUAUGCUAUGUAUGUCCUCUCAUACCUCUGUUGGAAGGGUGAAGUGCUGGCCUAUGCUUGGUAAGAAGGAGUGUUCCUGGACCCUAUCUCAUGUGCCUUUUUCUACUGUUCAUUUUAUUCUGUGGCCUUUCAGUGUAAUAAACUGAAAUCAUGACUGUCA